GAAUGACAGGUGGCAGGCAGGGUUUCCCAAUUGUGACGUCAUGGGGUCACCCCGAGUUCAUUUCGUUCUCACCUCUGUACAUACGUUUGUAAGUCACAACUAAGAUGUCAUGUUUCGCCAACAGCAAGUAUUUCAUCGAACUGAUCGUCUAUCGACAGGUUUCAUCAGUGAUGUGUAUUAGCUGACACUAGCUGUGUCCCUGCCAUUUUGCUAUCCCUUUGUGCUGUCUUACUGUACCAUAUAGAACAGCAUGGAGAACGUGCCAGCAGCAUUUCCAGCCACCAGCAUCAUGUGGCAGGGUUUCUCUGACUUCAGCGCAGGGGCCAUGGGUGGCACAGCAUGUGUUUUUGCGGGCCAACCGCUGGACACAGUCAAGGUUAAACUACAGACAUUCCCUACAAUGUACCGUGGUGCUAUAGACUGCUUGGUACAGACUGUAAAAGAGGAAAGACUUCCUGGUCUCUACUCGGGAACGGUACCAGCGCUCGCCGCCAACAUUGCAGAAAAUGCCCUUUUGUUCGCCUUUUAUGGACUUUGUCAAAAAGUGGUGCAGUACACCAGUGGUUUGGACAAUGUCAACAACCUGAGUGCUCUACAGAGUGCUACAGCAGGAUCUAUGGCAGCGUUCUUCUCAUCCAUUGGACUCUGUCCAACAGAGCUAGUCAAGUGUCGUCUGCAGGCCAUCAAAGAGAUGGCAGCUGAGGGGAGAGUGGCAACAGCAAACAUUGGACCAUGGGGAAUGACCAAACAGAUCGUACGGCAGGAGGGAUUCCGAGGCCUGUUCCAGGGGAUGACCAGCACCUGGGCACGAGAAAUGCCCGGAUAUUUUUUCUUCUUCGGAGGCUACGAGCUGAGCAGAAAGCUGCUGACCCCUGCCGGCAAGACUAAGGAUGAUCUUGGACCAAUGCGGCUGAUACUGUGUGGCGGAGUAGCAGGGUCGUGUCUGUGGGCCUCCAUAUACCCCAUAGAUGUGGUCAAGUCUCGUAUCCAGGUGUACUCCCUGGCAGGCAGGCAGGCAGGAUUCAUGGCUGUCUUCUUAAAGAUCCUCAGGAACGAAGGUGUUCGUGCCUUGUUCAGUGGGAUAGGACCAUGUCUCAUACGGACGUUCCCUGCCAAUGGUGCUCUGUUCAUUGCCUACGAGUACUCAAGGAAAUCCCUGUUACAGAUCGGAGAAAGCUUUGGAUUGUAGUAAAACUGUGGAAAUUGUGCGACAACUCAGUUGUCAAUCAAGAUUGAGAUUUGUGGACUUUUGUGUAUGAUUUUUAAAUGGAUGAACUGGUCACUGAGUGUUACAUAUUCAGAGCACAACACUGGGGUGUAUAAGGAUGUCAGCAAUGUGUAUUUGAUACUUUGCAAAAUGCACAGAUUUUGUAUACAAUGUAUUUGGAGGGAUUCUUUUUUUUUUAUCACAAUGAUAAGUGCCUACCUGUUAUUUGGAAAUAUCAUGAUGCAGGGAAGAAGAUAGUAGACUAUUAAGGACAGUACUAAGUCUUAAACCAAAUUAAGCAUCAUCAGAAAACUGAAAAGAUGCCACCAAUGUGCAUCAUCUCUUGGAUGCAAUUUUUGCUUAUCUUUUAUAGCUGAAUUGACCUUUCAUCCAAGUUAAUUUUCCAUAAUAUAACUUUUGAAAAAUUAAUAUUCAACUAGACGUUUGAAGCUACCAUUUACGGUAUUAUUGUUUCUAACAUAAUGAAGUCAAAUGUUGUACCUGAAAUGAAAGAAAGCAGUGAGCAAAUAUAUGGUGCUACACUGGUGACCUAGUUUUAUUAUUUUUCAUUGGAACAUAUUUAUUUUUCAAAUUUAAUGUCACAAAAAUGAAUGAUUUACUAAAAAAACUAAUGGUACCUGUAUUGGUGUCUGUUUUAGAUCUAAGACAAAAAAGAUAAAUAAGCGAUCGAUAGUGUGAAAAAAUGAAUAUGAUUGUGGAGCUUUGUGGAAGGAAAUAUACUGAAGUUGUUGUCAUUGCUACGAAGUAUGGCUGUGAUUUAUCAUUGGCAAGUGUAUAGAUUGAGGUAAACUAUGGUUUUUACUUCAACCAGUAUACAUUUGUAUAUUGUCUAUAUUUGUCUAUAAUCCUCUUGUACGUAAUAGCUUAACCAAAUAAACACUUUAAAUGUUAUUCAAUUAUUUCUAAGCAAAGGUACCCUAAGAUAUGCAAAAAUGAACAAUAAAGUUAUAUGGUAUGUA